GCCCCAGCUGCCGCCCGCCGGCUCGCCCGUGCAGCCGCGAUGCCCGGGAGCCCGACCCCGGCCCGGGUCCCGGGCCCACCCGGUAAUUAGCUUCCGUGCGCUCCGAGCGCGCCGCCGCCAACGCCACUGCCCGACGCAGCGAUGGGCAACACCGUGCACAGGACCCUGCCAGACUCAAGCCCACCCGCGCGCCUCCUGGCUACCCGGCCUUGCUGCGGCCCGGGUCCCGGUCCCGAGCGGCGGCCGGUCCUGGGCGAAGCGCCGCGCUUCCACGCACAGGCCAAGGGCAAGAACGUGCGGCUGGACGGCCACUCCCGCCGGGCCACGCGGCGCAACAGCUUCUGCAACGGUGUCACGUUCACGCAGCGGCCCAUUCGGCUGUACGAGCAGGUGCGGCUGCGCCUGGUGGCCGUGCGCCCGGGCUGGAGCGGGGCGCUGCGCUUCGGCUUCACGGCCCACGACCCGUCGCUCAUGAGUGCCCAGGACAUCCCCAAGUACGCCUGCCCCGACCUCGUCACGCGGCCCGGCUACUGGGCCAAGGCGCUGCCCGAGAACCUGGCGCUGCGCGACACCGUGCUGGCCUACUGGGCAGACCGCCACGGCCGCGUCUUCUACAGCGUCAACGACGGCGAGCCGGUGCUCUUCCACUGCGGGGUCGCGGUGGGCGGCCCGCUCUGGGCGCUCAUCGACGUCUACGGCAUCACCGACGAAGUGCAGCUCCUCGAGAGCGCCUUCGCCGACACGCUGACGCCCGCGCGCCUCAGCCAGGCCCGCUUCAGCGCCUGCCUGCCUCCCAGCAGCCACGACUCCGCCAACUUCGACAACAACGAGCUGGAGAACAACCAGGUGGUGGCCAAGCUGGGCCACCUGGCGCUGGGCCGCGCCCCGGGCCCGCCGCCCGCCGACGCCGGGGCCGCCGCCAUCCCGUGCGGACCCCGCGAGCGCCCGCGGCCCGCGUCGUCGCCGGCGCUGCUCGAGGCCGACCUGCGCUUCCACGCCACGCGCGGGCCCGACGUGAGCCUGUCGGCCGACCGCAAAGUGGCCUGCGCGCCGCGGCCCGAGGGCGGCCGCACGCUCGUCUUCUCCGAGCGCCCGCUGCGGCCCGGCGAGAGCCUCUUCGUGGAGGUCGGCCGUCCCGGGCUGGCGGCGCCCGGCGUGCUGGCCUUCGGCAUCACGUCGUGCGACCCGGGCGGGCUCCGGCCCGCGGAGCUGCCCGCCGACCCCGACGCGCUGCUCGACCGCAAGGAGUACUGGGUGGUGGCGCGCGCCGGGCCCGUGCCCAGCGGCGGGGACGCGCUCAGCUUCACGCUGCGGCCGGGCGGCGACGUGCUGCUGGGCGUCAACGGGCGCCCGCGCGGCCGCCUGCUGUGCGUCGACACCACGCAGGCGCUCUGGGCCUUCUUCGCCGUGCGCGGGGGCGCCGCCGGCCAGCUGCGCCUCCUCGGCACCCUGCAGGCCAGCCCUGCCACCACGUCUCCAUCAGGCUCCCUCAGCGGCUCCCAAGACGAUAGUGAUUCUGAUAUGGCCUUCAGUGUCAACCAGUCCUCCUCAGCAUCUGAGUCAUCCCUAGUGACGGCCCCCAGCUCCCCGCUGAGCCCCCCAGUGUCCCCCGUGUUCUCCCCACCGGAGCCAACCGGCAGCAAGAACAGCGAGUGCACAGUGUGCUUUGACGGCGAAGUGGACACAGUCAUCUACACGUGUGGACACAUGUGCCUGUGCCACAGCUGCGGCCUGCGGCUCAAGAGGCAGGCCCGGGCCUGCUGCCCCAUCUGCCGGCGGCCCCUCAAGGACGUCAUCAAGAUCUACAGGCCAUAGCCCGGCCCCCUCUAUGGGCCUUGGCGGGAGCAAGGUCAUCUUUGUGAAGCCCCCCCUGGGCUGGGCAACCACCACGGCUGCUGGGGAGUCUGAGGGCAGCGGCCACCUGUCCCACCGUUCUCCAGCGGUAGACAAGGCGUGACAGUCGGAGGGGCAAAGGCCCUGGGGGCCUGAGCCCAGGUGAGGGUGGCUUCUGGCUCAAAAGGGCUUUGCUCCAAAAAAGCCAUCCCAAAAGCAAGCUCAGGACCACCUGGCAGACCCGCCCCGGACCGGAGACCUCUCAGCUGGGAAACAGCAUCCUCUGUCCUCUGUGCAAUGCUUUUGGCUGGGGUUGGGUUGAGUAUUCAUGAGAGGGGAAGGGCAAGUAGGGAGACAUAGAGAGAGUGAGAAAGAGGAUGUGUGUGAGAGUGAGUGAGAGAAUGCCUAGGUAUUUAUCCAGGGAUCCUAACUCGGGGGGUUAUUUAACACUAAGGAACGUGCAAUCCAGGGCCCAGACAUUACAAAACUAGAAAUUGCUCACUUUCGGGGCUGUGACAUCAGCUGGUUUUGAAUGUAUGAAGCCUGCACCUAAAGAGAGCUCCCUCAGAUGGUAUGGAAGAGGGACACUCAGAUUUUCUAAGGGGAGGAAAAAAUAGCUCAUUGUUUACAGCUCCAAAGCAGCAACUCCUGGGGGGAAGGUGGGCGGAGAACAUAAAAGAACAAUUUGCUUUUUUCAUUUCUAACUCGGUCUUGGAGAGGGGUUUUGAUGGGUGCUGGGGCCCACAGUUCUGGGCAGCGUCAUCCCCAGAAGCCUUUUCACCCCUGCUCCCCCACACAGCCUAACAAGCACAUGGCACCGUGACUGGGUCUCUGGAUGUUUUCAGUGCAUAUCAUCCCAUCCCUGGCUCCAAGGAGAAGCCAAGCACCAGCUUCACUUUUUCUGGGGGAGGAAAGGAAUCCAGAGGCCAGUGACUCACCUGAAGUUGGAAAGAGUGCUCAGUGGCACAGACCAGUCUCCACAUUUCCAGUUGUCCAGCUGUGGGCAUAAUCAGGGCAACCUGCUGGCAAGGGAGGAGGAGCAACCAGGCUUUGGAACUGGUCUUUGUUCUGGUUCUCAGCUUCCCUUCUCCUGCUGGUCACUAAGGUGGUAAUUGAUCAUUAAGACGUUAACUAAUAACUGAGACAUUAAUUGAAAAUACUGACCUUGUGAUUCUGCCCCCUGCCCAGGACUCUGCCAGGUGUUUCCUGGAGCCCUAACCCCCUGCCCCAGGCCCACCUCUGCAGACUCCCAGGCCAUACCUGUCUGUUGGGUUAGCCCAGCCUACUGCUGCCUUCUUGCCCCAGUUCUGGGCCAGCCUUUGCCCUGUCCUGCCCUGCCCUGCGUUGUACCCUUAGGAAAGUGCCUGGGCUUGUUUCUCAGUUCCCAGUCUGUCCAGGAGGAAGCCCAGUGUCUGCUCACUCCAGAACGCUUGGGAGGAAGGGUGUGACGUUCUGAAAAGCCCCACACACUGGUGAAGAGCAGGCAUCAUUUUGAUACAAUUCCUUAUCUCUUCAUCGGCUGAGAGAAGCAGGGAGCGAGAGCUUUUGGAGAGCUCAUGCAUUCACAUAACAAACAUUCGCUGGGUCUCCAGAGGCCCAGAGCCCAGCUGGGAGGGGCCCUUGUUAUAGCAUGUCCCCCUAAGACCAGUCAGUCUGUGCCCUGUGAUGUUCCAGGUUCUUGGAUGAACUGCUACUUCUCAGCCUGGAAGUGUGUUCUGGUCUGAUCUCAACUUCAGAAACCCCAUUCUUGCCCCUGCAGGAACCCCUCAUUGUUUUUCUUAGUGAGUUUGGGAAACAAGUCCAUGUUUUAAUUUUGCAGCAGAGUAGCUGGGGGAUAUACUGGAACCCCAGCCACACCCAUGGUAAGAGUUUGGUGCUUGGCUGAACUUGGUCAACUGGAGAAUUCCAUCCCAUUCCCACCCCUGCCUCUUGUGCUGGGUGUGGGCAGAGCCUCCCUCAGAUCCCCUUUGACAGACCCCCAGACUGUGGUUCUCCAGGACAGUCUCCUGACUGGAUCGAGCCCCAGUCAUAAGCCUGGGUGGUCUCAGCAGCCUGGGUAGUCAGCCCUUCUCUCCUGCUCUUGCUGGCUCACCCGAGGCUUGACAGCCACCACCAGGAAAGCAGUGACCGUGGUCCAGGCCCCACGGUGCUCCUGGUGACCUGUCACCGGGGAAGAAAGGCGCCGGUGGCCUGUUUAACUUGCUCUGCAGCUGCUAUAAAUAGCCUCCGUUUCCAAGAGGAAUUAAGGGGGUGUUUAUCUUCUAAAAACCAGACAUUUCCUGAUGCUCCAAGCUGAUUUAUUCAGUACAACAGAGGAGCCUCUCACAUCACCCUCUAUGUUCUGUCUGGAGAAAGGGAGCAGGAGAAGGAGGAAAGGGAAACGCUGUUUUUCAUUUUGCACCGCGGCACUUCCCACAUCCAUCCCGCCAGGCAGGACCAUUACCAUCCUGAAUGGUACCUAAGAUACCAUAUAAAACACACAUUUAGGUGCCACUAAGGGAAAAGGCACAGCCAAAUUUAAAAUGCCACAGCUGUACCAUUCAUUCUAAUCAGAGAUGUUGAGCUGUGCUACUUAGAAUCCAGAUAAGGUAUUCUCCCCACAUGGCAGGUCAGAGAACUGCCGAGUCCCCGAGAGCGAAGCAACUUAGGGUCACACAGUAGGAUCCGGCAGAACUGGGGCUCAAAGUAGCUGUUGCCAAGUCCUACACACUCCAUUGCUUGGUCCCGAGUCCCACAAAGCUUGAAAAAGCCUGAGUUUCUUUCUGGAACCUCAUGUGGGCAACCCCUGGAUCAAGAGGUUGGGUACCUGCACCUGUGUGAAGAGUUUCACCCCCCCAGGCUGAGGACCCUUCGCCACCCAUUCCCUGGCAGGACAAGUGUCCUUUCUUUCAGGCUCAGGUGCCCACUGUCCACCUUCUCCUGGCAGACCUGAGCUAUGUGAGAGCUUGGGUCCAUCCCGAGAUCCUCCUCUUAAACCAGGGUGCCCAGGUUUGCAACAUGCAGGAGGAGCCAAAGACCUUGUCCCACUACCAUCCUGGGCCUCAUGACCACUACCCUCCCCAGGGGUAGAAUCGGGGAGACCAGAGGGUACACUCUUUGUUGUGGUCUUGUGCCUGUUCAUUUUAAACCACUGGAGAAGCUGGGCUGUUGCUAAGUUAAAACAAGCUCCUUUUUUCUAGUCCAUUCCCAGAACUGGGAGUCUUCUGGGAUUUAACUGAUGAGAGCUGCUGCUCCCCUAACUGUAGCAACAAUUUUUCAGUCAUUCAACACCCACCAAUCAACAUGAUGUGUUCUGGACACAGAACUGGGAACUGGGAAAAGCCCACGGGGAACUCAUAGUUCAGGGAAGGAGAUGGAUAGAUCUGUCAGCUUCUAUUUGACCCUCCAGUGCUAACUGUGCUAGCACAUAGUAGGUGCUCAUUAAAGGCUUACUGAAUAAAUCAGAAGUCAGAUUAAGAUUGUGCAGACAUUUAGCAAAACAGCACCGUGUGUAUAUACACAGCAAAGUCAUUCAACAAAUGUUUGCCACUAGAUGGGGUUUGGGAGGACGGACCUGAGAUGACAGCACCCCACUUCUGACAUCAGAGGUAAGGUGAUGUUUAGAGGACAGUGAGGCAUUUGGGGCAGAUGCCCACAGGCCAAGAAGGCCCAUUUGGUUGCCUCAGGAGUCUUGCCUGUGUGCCCAAAGCCUGCUUUUCUGACCAGAGCCCCCGCUUGCUUCCAGCAGCCUCCUCUGCAAUAGAAAUGCCAGGCAUCUUGCAGUCAGUGAAUUGCUGCCACGGGGCCUUGGGCAGCACCUCCACCUCUCCCCCUUUAGAUCACCCUCAGGUCCUGCCAGGAAGAUGUGGUGUAAUGGCUACCUGCCACUUUCAGGCCUUGGGACUGGCUGUUGAAAGUCAAUCCCCAAGUCCCCAGAGAACCCCCAGUCAGUUCCAGUUGGAAACUGGAGUGUGCAAAGUCUUGGAGGAGGAGAGGCAGUAACCUGCUGCUUGAUCCUGCGUCUGCCCUCACUCUGCCAGAGGGAUACCGGCUCAGGAACACGGCCUCCUGGCAUUCUCGGGAGUUCAUUGUCUCACUGUCUUUUCCAAGUCCCUAAUGCGAUGAUUUGUACAACAAUCUGUCUGUGCCUUAUGAAAGUGUCUGUGCACUUUUUUAUCCUUUUUAAAAACAACUUUUAAAAAAAGUGGGCAGGGGACUAGCAUACAAGGUAGUAUUCUAGAAAUCCUUGAUAAUCACUGAGACCCUUUUGCAUUAUGUUUUUAAUGUUGGAGUGAAGUGUAUGCCCCUCCCCCCACUACCUGUGUACAGACCUUUUAAAAAAUGUCUCUUCUUUUUAUUUUUCUGAUUCAAUACUGUGACCUCUCCAAUACAGUCUAAUCUUUGGGGCUCUGUAUAGUGGUUUUAAAACUUGGGGGAAGUGGGAUGGGAAGGGUUUGCACUGGUCUUGUGUGUUGUGCUUUUUGUGUGUGGUGUUUUGAUUUUUGUCUGUUUGUAUCUGUUUUAUAGAAACAUCAUUUUCCUGUUUAAAAAAAAAUACAACUUUGGCUUGUUAAAAAAGAAAAUCUCUUCAGAACUCAAUUUUAAACAUUAUGGGUGGGGGGGGAGCGGUGAAGGUGAGGGACACAAAUCAUUGCCAGCUUUGAGGAAACCAUUUGCAAAAUUUCUGUAGAGCCCUGCCAAGGUCUGAUCUUUUUGUCAAGUAACUCCUGUAAAAAUAUCACAAGUACUUUCAAUCAAGGUAAGCUCUGGAUGUGAAGGUGUUCAUUGUGGCGUCGUAGAUUAUGGUGAAAUGCUAGAGGGAACCCAGAAGUCCAACAACCAGGGUGUACUUGCCAGAAGGCUCGGUUACAAGAGAUGCAAACCCAAUGCCAACUGGCUGUCAGGAGACGAAGAAGUUCAGGUAAUUGAGAAAUCCAGAAACAACCUAAAAAUCCCCUUCAGGUGCAGUGGGUUCCAGAGUGGGAGAUGGUCUCUCCCCAUCUGGGUCUGCCUCUAUUCCAGCCCCACUCCCAGCAGGUCCAGGCGCCAGCCCAGGCUGCAUCCCGCUUUCCAGCCAUCUCUCCGCGGGCCAACCUGGGCUACGUGCCCCUUCCUGAGCCACUCAUGGAGGCCAGGGAGACGGGCUGAUUGGCCAGAUCCAGAAGGUGUGCUGGCCUCCACCCACUAGCUGCCAGGGUGGGAAGAGCGGGAAUUGUCCCCACUGGGAGGAAGUUGGUCCAAUGAAGAAGGAAUACUGGGCGGGCGGAAUACCAGCCCUCUCUCUAAGAAAGGUUGAAUAUACCAUGAUGCAAAUACGGACCUGGUUAAUUGCGUGGUCUGUGCAACCAGACAGCCUGGGCUUCCCCAAGACAUGGUAUGAGACACUUAGCCUCUUUGUGCCUCAGUUUCCUCAUCUGCAGAGCAAGAAUAAUACGAGCUCUUGAUUUCAGGAUGAGUGUGAGCAUUAUUACCAUCCUGCUGGUGAUAUGCUAGGCACAGCGUCUGGUACUCAGCAAUAAGAGAAGAGUUUAUAACACGGCAACAUGUUUAUGUUAAACUAUGGUGGAAAAAUCAAGAUAUAAAGCCACAUAUACAUGCUGAGCUCAGUCAACAGCCCCCCAACCAAACAGACAUUGGGAUGACUGGCAGGAAAGAUGCAAAAUGUCCUUAGGGGCUUUAUGACAGCUGGUGCCUACCCCACCACCCAGGUGUUUUACAAAUUUUCUAGCAUG